CAUUUUCAAAAUGUAAUAUAUGUAAAAUAAAUAAAGUAUUAUAAGACAAUACAAUUUCAACUUCAGUGAUAUAAAGUUUAUUAUUGAAAACAGAGGAAGGUGUAUUCUUUGACUUGUCAUUUUCAGUGUUUGAUCAGACUGAUGUUGAUGAUGUUUCUGCAUGUGUUUCUCCUCAUCUGUGCUUUUCCUCUUUCAGCUGCUGAAGGUCGACUGAGACAGUUCUACAUGCUGAAGCAGAGGAGUAACAAUGUAUCUGCUGCUGAGAGUUUCUGCAGAGUAAACUACACUGACCUCGUCACAGUUUAUGACCAACAAGACAAUAAUAAACUACUGCAACUGAUGAAGAACAGCAGCCCUCCUGUAAGUGGCUGGAUUGGUGCUUAUAGAGGAAACUACAGUCUGAAAUGGUCAAAUGGUGAUGAUGUUUCAUACAGCAGAUAUUCUCCAAGCUAUUCUGAUCAAACUCGCUGUGCUGCUAUGAAUGCUAAUGGAGACUGGGAAUCUAUCCUGUGCAAUGAGACAAAACACUUCAUGUGCUAUGAACAAGAAGCUGGAAGAUCAUCAUACAUCUACUCAUUAAUCACUCAACCAAAGAGCUGGUUUGAUGCUCAGCUUUACUGCAGAGAGAAUCACACUGAUUUAGUCUCAAUCAGAAAUGAGGAGGAAAAUACCCUGGUGAUGAACAAUGGAACACAGAGUAUUUCUCCUUUCUGGAUCGGCCUGCUGAAUGACAAUGUGGACUGGAGAGAUGGAGGACGAUCUGCUUACAGAAACUGGAGUCCAAUCACUGAUCAGAGCAAACCUAUUACUUACAUGAGUCACACUGAUGGGCGAUGGAUGACAAAUAAUGCUGGGAACUUCUAUCCUCUGUGCUACAAGAGCUUCAUUCAUGUGAGUCCUGCUGAAAUGUCCUGGGAAGAUGCUAUGAAUUACUGCAGCUCUCAGUUUUCUGGAGCUCUGUGUCUGGAGUCUGAGAACGAUCAGACAGAAACGCAGCGAGAGUUAAACAGAAAUAAUAUCUCUGCUCCAGUUUGGGUGGGUCUCAGACAGAGCCGACUUUUUGGAUUCUGGAUUUGGAUCAAUGGUCUUCAAGUGGGAAACUGGACAAACUGGAGAGGAGGAAAGGCUCCUGAACUUCCACUCUCCCAACACUGCGCUGCCAUGGAGAAGGUGAACGGACGAUACACACUGACUGAUAAAGACUGCAGGUCUACAUUCAGAGUUGUGUGUGAGGAAGAUCAUGUUCCUGGAUCAACUAUGCAAACAACCAGUUCGGUUAGCAAUCAUGACUCAGGUUAAAUUUAAAUGAUGAUUAAGUUUCUUUUUAAUGUUCAGCUACUGUUUAAUCCUAAUUCAGAUAUUUAUGAUUAGAUGUAGGUUUAGAGGUAUUUAGACAUAUAUGCAGAUGGAAAUAUAUUGAUCUGAAAGCAUUUCUUUGGCAGGAUCACGGUCAGGGGAACUAAUAUAUCAUGUAUAACUAGUUAUCUUUGCUGUAGUUUUGUUCUUCUUUGAUCUCUUUCAUUAUUGGUUGUGAUUUCUUUAUGUUGUGUGUGUAGUUUAAUGCUUUCAGUCCAUAUCACUGUUGUUUUUUAAGUUGCCAAACAUAAUUCAAUAAACAUUG